ACGAAAGCUAACGCAGCUCUUCAUUGGUCUCCACCACUUCUGAGGACUAAAAGAUUCUCCUUGUGCAAACUACUGUGCAGGAUGAGUGAGGAAUCGCAGGAGCAACAGCCCAAUGUGGUUGUGAACAAAAACAAACGUUACAGACGUGAAAAACCAUGGGACACAGAUGACAUUGAUCAUUGGAAAAUCGAUCCCUUCACAAAAGAAGAAUCGUCUGGUCCCUUCUUGGAAGAGUCUAGCUUUGCUACACUUUUCCCCAAAUACCGUGAAAAGUAUCUUCGUGAGGUUUGGCCUCAUGUAACACGGGCCCUGGACAAGUACGGAAUUGCUUGUGUGCUCGAUUUGGUCGAAGGUAGUAUGACGGUGAAAACGACUCGGAAGGCUUAUGACCCGUAUUCUAUUCUCAAGGCGAGAGACUUGAUUAAGCUGCUUGCACGUAGUGUGCCCUUUCCUCAGGCUAUCAAGGUUAUGCAGGACGACGUGGCCUGCGAUGUGAUCAAGAUCGGAAACCUCGUUCGCAACAAGGAUCGUUUCAUUAAGCGUCGCCAGCGUCUCAUCGGCAACAACGGCCAAACUCUCAAGGCUCUUGAACUGCUUACUCAGUGCUAUAUCCUCGUCCAAGGAACCACCGUAGCAGCCAUGGGUGGUUUCAAGGGUCUAAAGGAGGUUCGUCGUGUCGUUAUUGACUGCAUGAACAACAUCCAUCCCAUUUAUCACAUUAAGGAACUCAUGAUUAAGCGAGAGCUUGCUAAGGAUCCUGCUCUGGCUACAGAGUCCUGGGACCGUUUCCUGCCGCAGUUCAAGAAACGCAAUGUCGCCCGCCGCAAGCCUGCAAAGGUCAGAGAGAAGAAGGACUACACACCCUUCCCUCCCGCUCAACAACCCAGCAAGAUCGAUCUGCAAAUCGAGAGUGGUGAGUACUUCCUCAACAAGGAAGAACGCGAGCGGAAAAAGCGUCAAGAGAAAAAGGAGAAGCAGGCCGAAAAGCAAAAAGAACGUCAAGCCGAGCGAGAAAAGGCGUUCAUUCCCCCUACCGAGUCUGCUCCCCAAACCAAAAAAAGAAAGGUCAAGGUCGAGGCCGAGUAGGCGGUAUCACCUGCACGACCUUAAAAUCCUCUUGUCUCUUUUGCGCUGUGUCCCUCUUGUGACAACUGUUUUACUGCGAGUCAUUUUGUGUCACGGGUUUGCAUUUUAUGUAUGUGUGUGUGUGUUGUCUGUUUUAUACACAACGCGAACACAUCCAGAUUUCCUCAUCUGGUUUUCGUUUCUGUCUUCCGUCGGAAAGGCGCACAAGGGUUUGCGUGUGUUGUUUUAAAUAGUAACAUAAAUUACGGUUGGAAUAGGUAUUAUUCCGUUUUUUGUCUCUUUUACUUUAAUGAGAGCGGCAGCAUGCCUGUAAACAGUCAAAGACAAACGUGGAAUACACUUUUUCGCUUGG